AAUUUCGAGGUUAGGUUUUAGUUUAGUCUGUUUGAUAACAUUUUUAUCCGCGAGUCGAGCUAUUGUUGUCAAAUGCGCAGAUAUUUAGUUGGUUUAUUUUUACAGUCUAAAACAUCUAUUUCAUACAAAAAUGCAAUCUACUCUGUGUCGUGGUUGUCGGAGGCCAUUAUUAGACGAGAACAGUGGGAGAAAUAUAUUUGAUGAUGAUUCUGUAAUUAAAUCAUUUGACUCCGAUGGAUCAUACAAUAAAAAAUGGUGCAUGAAAUUAUCUGCUGGUAUUGAAUUAAUCACUGGGCAAAAGGUAACAAAAGAAGAAAAAUUACCACACAAGUUGUGUGAAGUUUGUUUUCAAAAUGUUGAAGCCUAUAUCAACUUCAGAUUCCAGCUAUUAAAGUCCAAGGAUGUUUUUCUUUGUUCAGUAUAUGAAGAUGCAAAAGUUGAAGCAAACAAAUCUAUUGAAGCUGAGAAUUUAAUGUUACUGAAUACGCCAAUUUCUAAAGUUGGUAUAAAUGAUGUACUACAAAAAACACCUGAAAACAUUUUAUUUCAGAGUGAAUUUUUUGCUUCACCUUUGCUACCAAAAACAGUUGUAAAUAAUUCACUACCAAAGACAAUGUCUGAAGAAAAUCUCAUAAAUGUAGAUGAUGAUAGUACUUCUCUUGAUGUAAAUGAAGAUGAAACAAAUGAUUCUAUAAACUGUAGGUUACAAAAUGACCAAGAAAACAAUAAUCUUGAUGAUUCAGACAAUUCUGCAGAUAAUGCAGUAGUUACACAUCUAGAAGCUACAGAUAUUAAGCCACUAGAUCAUGACAUAGAAUCCGAAAUAGAUGUGUGUUCGGGUGAAGAUGACGAUGUUCUAGAAUUAGAUGUACAGAAAAUCAAAAAUGAAACAGUUGAGAUUCAUAGCUCAUCUGAAUCUGAUAUUGAAGUUUGUGACUAUGAGCCAACAGGCAAGAGGGGGAACUAUAAUACUCUGUCCCCACCUAUAAGAUAUUAGUUGAAAUUAAAAAUUGUGUGAUUGUGCAUUUGUAAAUGAUUGUAAAUGAACAUUAUAAUUUACAAGUACUAUUUUGGCACUGAGAUUAUUUUAUUUUCAAAAUGACUGUAGAAUAUUUUAUGUAUAUUUGCAAAUAAUUAGUUACAAAUAGAUAUUUUUCAAUAUUAAAAAUUCUUAUCAAAAUUCAAUUGUAAAAUAUGUUUUUUGUAAAAAUAGCUGUGAUAAGACAUAUUGAAUAAAUUUUAUCUAUUCAAUCAAUAUAAUUGAUUUGAAUAUUUUAAUCAC